AUGCCGAUGUGGCCUUUUUCGCGGCGCGCCGCUAAAUUAAAAACGGGUCGAUCCACCGCUGUCGCAGAAGGGAAGCGGCCUGUUGCAGCUUAUGCUCACGAAUCUGCCGACAACGAUGCCCUGAGAAGGACACCCAAAAGGCGCAGCAGUCGCCGGAACAGAAGGAGUGCGCACUCCACCUCCAUGCGCGACGUCGACAAAAGCUCGCCCAAUCCCCCGCCUGCCGGCCCUCCCUUUGUGAAGCACGACUCGCACUCACUCCCGCACAGCAGUGCCGAAGAUAUCACCGCCCUCCCCAUAUCGAAGCGCCUCGAGCAGAGCCCGCACCUCCGCCCCGUCACCAACGAACACGGCAUCCCAUACAACUUCCAGAGCCACUCUCACUCGAGCCUCCCCACGGCAAGGGAGCGGGGAAAGCUACAACGGCCUCAAUCCCUGCGCAAACGUUCCGCCUACGAGUCGGCCCUGCCACGGCGAAAGUCCAGCAAGAAGCGGAAGAAUGACCAUGUCCGUGAGGAGGAAAUUAGAGCAAUGAGCGUGCCCCUCCCUCAGAAGCGCCCGGCAGGCCACUCUGGGGGAUUGCUCCGGCGAGACAGCAAGAAAGUCAAAGGCGGACUCAACCGACACUUCGAACGCCCAGCCUCCAACAUAUCGCUCCCCGUCGAAGACUCAAUACACUCAUCCAUGUCGGGGAGCUCGGAAAGCCGCGCCUUCAGGGUGAGCGCCCUCGACAUGUUUUCCCCGCGGCCCAGGAUCCGGUACUCAGUAGGCUCGCAAUACUGCUACAGCGCGUCAGGCCCUUCACCGACUUCACACCAAAGCAAGACCGAACCCCGAAAAGAACGCACGCCACCGCCAAAAGACGGCAUAGUGGGGAAGAGGAGCAAAACCAUCGAUGAUUUAGCAGAUACAUUAGAUGCAGGAGCAUUAAGGGAAAUAUUAGAAAGAGACAAGCGGCGGAGAGAGAAGAAGAGGAAGGCAGACGACGAGCGGCUACGUCGCCGCCUGGAACGACGUGCAGAGAAACAAAAGGUUGGUGAACAGAGUGGAAUACCCGCGACCCCUCGAAGGGAGGCAAAAGGAGUGGUGGGCUUGGGUAUUGAGAGAGACACAUUUACACCAAUGGAAGAUGUCCGUCCCUCGACACCACCCAAACCCCAGCGGCUUCACACUACCGGGUUUACCACCAAUGUCGAAGAGAACAGUCAACUACCUACUCCCAUGGAGACUCCUGUCGAGGAGCCUGUGGUGGCUGAUGCACAGGCUGUGCGAUAUUCGCGUGCAAGCAUAUCGUCGCCGCCAACCUCGCCCGUCCACACUCGAGGACCGUCGAACAUCUCACAGAUGCCAGAAUUGCUCUCCGAGAAAGCCGCACGAGAGACGCCGGUCGAAUCUAUUGAACCAGACGCGCGGGCAAGCGGUCCACUGCACCAUGUUGAGUCCGCCGAUACAGCCGCGACUUCCAAAAAGGAAUCAGGCCGACGAAGAAGCUCUGAGGGAAGGCGCAUGCGUGCAUUUGCUUCCUUUUUCAGGCGCGGAAGGAGAAACUCACAAGACCAGGCAAGGGCGACGCCAUCUGAAGUGUCAUUCUCGAAUACAUCGCGGGAAAGCAUGUCACGCCAGCCCCUCCCUGCUCAUUUGGUCGCACCAACUCCGCCGGUCCAGAUUCGACGACCCUCCAGCGUUCCCCACAGAACCAUGUCCAAGUUCCGUGAAGACUUGCCUGAAUUUCCGCUGUCACCUCCCGAUUCAAGAGUGCAUUCCCCGGAAGCUGCAGUAACAAAUCUAAUAACUGCUCAACGUGAAAGUCAGCCUCCAUCUGAUCUUCGUGUUCAUUCCAAUAGCCCAGGAGCGGGCGCCCGAACCGACUCGCCUUCACUUGCUUCUGUGGACUCGGAAGGAUCCUGGCUCUCGGGCAAGCCGCUGAAGAGGAGGUCGAACAAAUCCUACAUCCGUUCCAGCGUGGGAUCGUCUACUACUGCAAAGCAAAAUGAGGAGUUCAGUGCCUCGUACGAGGAGUUGGGCAUACCGGACGACGAGUAUUUCCAAAGGUUAACACCACAACCUGACGAGCGGCGACGUUCAGCACAAACCAGUGACGUAGUUAGGAGGAAGCCAAGCAGCACAGCAAUGGCAGCCACAGACACCACGGCCGAUUCUGACGACGAAGAGCCAGUACCAGCUGAAAGGCCUUCGGAAGAAGAGAAUCUAGUGCAGAACAGUGUUGGUCGCCAGCCCACGAUAGUGCAUCGCCAACCCCGCGUCAAGUCUACCGAAGCAUUACUCGGCUACUUCCAAGCUGAGAAACCUCCAAUCAAAGAAAUUCCCGCUACGAACCCCGAGCGUCCAGCUGACCAAGAAUCGCCCACUUCGGAUAGUGAGCCCAUUUCCCUUCAGCGUGCUCAGAGUGUCGACCUUGGAAAAAACCAUGGGCGACACCUCAGUGCUGGUUCUGCGAAGCUGUUGGACAUCCCCGGAAAGCGAUCUUCCAUUGACCAGAAGCGAUCGAGCCCAGCCUCUCAAAGUAAACUGACAGAACAGGAUGAGUGA